AUGUAGUUUCCGGUAACUCCGCUAAGAAUAAACAACAAAAUAAAUCAUUUUAAAGAAGUUUAUUUAUAUAACAAGCAAAACAAACAACACAUAGAUUACCUAGUAAACCAAAACAUUUGUUAUUUUCGACAAGGUAUUUGUUCAAGAGUUCAGUUUAGUAACUAGUUGUUAGGAUCUUGUCUUGUUUUAGUAUUUAGUCCAGUAUGGCAGGGUUAUGACAGUACAUGUUUUGUGUGAGGAAUACGUGGUCUGUAUGACCAUACUAGACCACGUUUUCCUUUGUCUCGUCACUUUUUACCCGCUCCUUUACCUGUUAUCAUUGUCACCUGUUUUUUCAUAUAUAGUCUUGUUUUAUGUCAUAGUCUAGUCCUGUUCAGUCAGUCUUGUGUAAUGUUGGUUUUACCCCCUCGUGGGUUUUUGUUUUCCAUUUGUAUAAUAAAGUGUCAGUGUCUUUCUAUCCGUGUCUGCGCCUGGGUUCAUUCGCCUGUUCCUGACACUAUUUAGACCAUAAAAAAAAACUGAAACCGUAAGUAAAGUUCUGACCAGACGCGUAAUUGCAUCACUGCACGUGCAUCGAUGAAACAGUCUGUACGGCAGUCAUGUUUUAGGACACACAUUUCUUAGAUUAUGUUUUAUACAUGCUUAUACAGAGUCAUACUGUGGUCAGGGUGGCCCCAAAGUUUCCGAAACGCAUUAUGCCACAGUUUAUUGGUAGGACUAAAUGUGAAACAAACAUGAAUCUUAAAAGAACAACUUUCUUUCAUUUUUAUAGUUUGUAGGGUCUUUUUUCAAUACAGAGAACCUUUUGUGCAUCUGUGGAUGUCGAAGGUUCUUUAUUGAACCAUACAACCUGACAAAGACCAUUUUAGGAACCUUAUUUUUAAGAGUAGGGGAUAUUAAGUUAAUAGAUGUUCUCCACCACGAAAAAACAAACAUAUGCAUGUAAAGCAAUCUUUCUUUUUACAUAACCUUCAUUUCUUCGUGUUGCUUUUUCUCUCCCUUAUGACUCAUGGGGCUCAACAUGGAGCAAGAGGGUGUUGAAGAACAGGGAGGGAUUGGGGGAGGUGGGCAGCGGAGAGGAGAACAGAUAAGAAUGUGUGUCAGUCAGUAAAAGCUGAGUGGGGAUGAACUCAUCACAGUUAAACUGCAGUGCUGGACCAGUAGAGAAGAUACAACAAAACAAACAAAAAGAGGAAAAUGAAGAGUUUGGCCAAACUUCACAGCAACACAGAUCAGCUGCUGACAUCUUUAUCAAACACCCUUCCAUCCCUCACUUUGAGUAACCAGCACUGGAUUGAAGAGAGCGCUGAAGGGCAUCUUUUAUUGGAAGACAAACAGACUUGUUCAAAGAAGAGUACAGAAUGGGAAAAUGGAGAACAAAGCAGGAGCUCUGCAAGAUGCAAACACAUACCUGAGGGCAAAGAACCGUACACAUUGACUGAACUCAGUGAUGUUUCCUUACAAUCCAGUUCACCUUCAGCUGCUGACUCCAGUGAUGACCUCUCUCCAAUCUCACCCAACAACCAUCGACCUCUCUCCACCGAACGGUCCUCUUCUGCUCCCCAUCGCUCUGUUAAGGCCCUCAAGAGAUGGCUGAGCAGUCCAGUACGACGGCUAAGUUUGGGAGGAGGUGGCAAAGGUCAAAGUUUAAAGGACACGUUCCUCCCUCACUCACCUUCCCAAAGCCCACUGAGUCAACCAGAGAGGUCCAAAAAACUUCCCCGUCCUUAUAGAUCUUUGGACUGUGAAGAGCUUUCACGACCAAACUCUUCUGACAACAGCUAUUACCCAAGAUACUUAAAUGAUAUAUUGCAGUUUCAGAUGCAUCACACAUGUAACCUGCUCCCUGGUGAAAAUGAGUCGUCCGUUAUUUCAGAGGAACAUGCACGAUCAAACGAUCCAGAGGUCCAGAAAACUGCUUUGGAGAAAAGCAUAUAUGUGUUAAAUGAGCUGGUUGAGACAGAGAAGCUGUAUGUGGAAGAUCUUGGGCUUGUCGUGGAGGGUUACAUGGCCACAAUGAAAACUAAUGGGGUGCCUGAUUAUUUGGAGGGAAAGGAUAAAAUUGUAUUUGGAAAUAUUCAUCAGAUCUAUGACUGGCACAAAGACUAUUUCCUUGGCGAGUUGGAGAAAUGCGUGUCUGAGCCUGAUCUUUUGGCUCAAUUGUUUAUCAAACAUGAGCGAAGGCUUAACAUGUAUGUGAUCUACUGUCAGAACAAGCCAAAGUCAGAGCACAUAGUUUCAGAAUAUAUUGAAACCUAUUUCGAGGAAAUGAGACAACAUCUGGGUCACAGACUGCAGUUAAAUGACUUGCUUAUCAAACCAGUUCAGAGAAUCAUGAAAUAUCAGCUACUGCUCAAGGAUUUCUUGAAGUACUACACUAAAGCAGGCAGACAAACAGAAGAGCUUGAGAGGGCUGUGGAGGUGAUGUGUUUUGUUCCAAAGCGAUGUAAUGACAUGAUGAAUUUUGGAAGACUUCAAGGUUUCGAGGGUAAGCUGAGCUCACAAGGGAAGCUCUUGCAGCAGGACACCUUUACCUUGAUUGAGAAUGAGAACUCUAUUAUCUCCCGUCCCAAAGAGAGACGGGUCUUCCUCUUUGAGCAUCUUGUCAUCCUUAGUGAACCAAUCGACCGCAAGAAAGGCUUUUCCCUGCCAGGAUACAUCUAUAAAAACAGCAUCAAGGUCAGUUGUUUGGGCAUUGAGGAUCGUUCCAUAGACGACCCCUGCCGGAUGGUGUUGACAUCUCGUAAUGUUGAUGGAAGCAUGCACCGAUUUACCCUUCAUGCAUCAUCUCCAGAAAUCAGACUAUCCUGGGCAAAUGACAUCCUACAGAUUCUGGAAUCACAACAAAACUUCUUAAACGCCCUACAAUCUCCUAUUGAAUACCAGAAGCAAAAAAUCAAAUCUCAUAGCCUGGGAAAACACAUGACAGGAGCACAGUCACUGGACUUCGAACUGCAACCGUACAGCUCCGGCUCCAUAGACCGCCAGCGACUACCCAGCCUGCACUCCUGGAUUUCUUCACAUCCCUCAUCAUCUCAUUGAAUGUGUCCACAUUGGCAUCUUCCUCUGCUGAGCUGAAUAGAAUCCCACGUUCAGAAGAACAGUUUUAAGAACAUGGUCUAUUCUUGGUCACAAUCGCAGACUGAAUUUAUUUAAUUGAAACUGAAUUGAGAAAAUGGUCAAAUAAUGGACCCAAGCUGUCACUGGGCCAGUACCCUAAAGGGUCCUAAUAUGUACCAUUUAGGUACAGAUAUGUAUACAUUUGGGGUCAAAAUGUACCUUUGAGGGUGAUACGUGUAUUACCUUGGGUUUUGGUGCAAAGCAUAGGUGUCAUUUACACUGGGGACGCUGGGGACAUGUCCCCACCACUUUUUGAAAUGGCUGAUUUUGUCCCCACCACUUUUUAAAAAGCAUUUGGUUAAAAUGUUCUGAAAAAUCAAGUAAUACAUGUGCGACUUAAACUGCAAAAAUGACUUUCU